AUGAACGGCAGACUUGCAGGAAAGAACGCCGUUAUUACAGGCGCCGCUGGCGACAUCGAUCUCCAGGCUUCCGUCCUCUUCGCCCUUGAAGGUGCCUCCAUUCUCAUGACCGAUCCCAAGGCAGACGUCCUCGCAGCCGCCCUUGCCAGAGUCAAAGCCGCCGCUCCCCAGGCGCCUGGUCGAAUUGAAGCUCGCGUCGUUGAUGUCACUCGGGAGGCCGACGUGGCCGAUGCCAUCAAUUCCCUCGACGGCUGGGGCGGCCUGGAUGUGAUGUUCAACAACGCUGGAAUUAUGCACCCGCGAGACGGCGACUCGGAGGAGGUCCCUGAGAAUAUUUGGGACCUCACUUUCAAUAUCAACGUCAAGGGUGUUUGGUAUGGCAGUAAGCACGCCGUGAAGGCUCUGAGAAAGCAUGGCAAGAGCUCUGGAAGCAUCAUCAAUACCGCCAGCAUGGUCGCCAUUGUCGGAGAUGCGGCUGCGCAGCUUGCCUACACCGCCAGCAAGGGUGCUGUCUUGGCCUUGACUCGGGAGUUGGCUAUUGAGGGAUUCCGAUUCAACUCUCUGCCCAGCCCGUCUCAAGACUUCCUCGGGUCCAGCCAAGAGACCCGCCAACGCCGCGAGAUAUACCUUCCUACCGGCCGCUUUGGGGAACCUAUUGAGCAGGCCUACGCCGUUGUUUUCCUUGCCAGCGACGAGAGUAGUUUCGUUAUCGGUCACGAUAUGGUUGUCGAUGGGGGAUUGACUAAGGCUUAUGUAAUACCAUUGGGUCCUGCUUUGGCAGCCCCUAAUAACCUAGGCUGA